AUGCUUCCGGCCAAGCGUCAGAAAACGGUCCGCGAUUCUGGCGCGUUCAUAGACCACUCCGACAGCGACAGCUCAGACUCAGCGUUUGAAUCCGUGCGGCGGCACAAGAGCGACAAGAGCAAAAAUAAGAAAAGCAAUGACGACGAUGGUAAAAACACGACUUCGCCGAAUGAAGCCGCUGCUCCAGCACCACACGACUACAUCUGCAUCCAUCGCCCUUAUUUCGACGUAGAAGGCGCAGAGUGGCUUGCUUCGUCGUAUCUCGACAAGGAGGAAGUCUUCAACAAGUGCUACAAGCCCAUCUUUGAACAGGAAGUCAAGGAUGGCAUCUACAAGGCGCCUCCCAGCGAGCACAAGGACCACAAAUGGGUCAUGAUGUGGGAUGCGUGGCUAAAGACGGAUCUGCUGAGAAGGAAAUCAAGCUAUUGCGACCCAAACGCAUUUGGCAUGAAUCUAUACAAUGACUGGCGGGGAUGGGGGAUGCAUGAGAUUUCAGAGAACAUGAUGAAGGAAUUCGAUAAAGCCUUCCGAUCGAAAGAUGUCAACCGCAUCGAGAGGAUGUGGGUAGUCGUCAGUGCAGUGGGCUUGUGGAUCAACGAAGAAGAUCACCUUGAUGCCAUUAUGCAAUGCGAGGAUGGCGAAACAACAUUCGAGAUCUUCGCCUUGCUUGGCUGUUCCCUCCUCACCGCACUUGCAGCCAUCGAGGCAGCGGACGAACUCAAGCCAGAUUCUCGCUUUCUCGACCUGGCCCUUGUCAUCGCGUACUACCUCGAACUAUCGCACGAUAUCUUUGCUUACGGCAUCGAAGAUGAAUGUACUGCAUGGCGCAAGGAUGCUGUAGAGUACUUCAAAAAGGGCAAUCUGAACCCGGACAAAGGCAUAUUCGCUACCAAGAUGCGCAUCGAGAAACCAGAGGAAGUAGGCGCGUCCGAGGAAGAGACUGACGAGGAAGACGAGAAUGCCACAACAGUUCAGACGACUCCCGCCAAAGGUACCGCAGAGAACCCCGUAACCAUCGACGACGAGGUUGCGAACAAGGAAAACAAGAAACCCGAGGCAGCCCCCAAUACGUGUGUCUCUCCACCCCUCACACCAAAAGUUAAGAGAAAGAGAGAUGCGAGUAGCAUGGAGAACAAGGGUACCGAUCCCUGGAAGUGGGCGCAGAAGUUUGCGGCUUAUAAGAAGAAACAUCAUCCCAAGCUGGGUGGUGAGCAUUACGACAUUACCAAGAUGAGCAGCAUAGAUCGGGAGGCUGUGGCAUUCGACGGAACGGACCCGCUCGCCAACAUUCCCAGAAAGGCUUUGAGGGAGAAUCUGUUGGAUAUAGCUUGA